GUGCGGUCGCCUCCCUCUCUGCCUGUCCAAAAAAACCCAAAAGCACUCCGUCUCCUUCGGUCCUUCUCUCUCUCUCUUUCUCUCUCUGCAGUCUGAGUCACUACGGCUACGAAGGUGACGACCAUCUCCCUCCGAUUCAAACCCCCAAAGGAGCCAUUCCCCCUCCCUCUUACUCGAAGAAGCUGCGAAGAACCCCUAAGCCCUAGCGAUGUCGUUUACUGCUUCUAGGGUUUUCAGGGGUUGCAGGGCACUGCUGGCCCCCGCGAAGUCCGCUUCCUCCGCGGCUGCUGCCCCUGCUCCUGCUCCUGCUCCUGCCAAGGCUUCCAAGGCCGCGGCGAAGCCCAAGCCGAAGAAGGCGAGCGAUUCGGCCUCGCCGAAGGCGCCGAGCAGGCCGUCGGGGAUACAGAAGGUGACUCCCGUCUCGCCGGCGCUCGCUCGGUUCCUCAACGCCGACGAAGCCUCUCGCGUCCAGGCCGUCCAGCAGAUUUGGGCCUACAUCAAGAAGGAAGGCCUCCAGGAUAGCAGUAAUAAGCGAGAGAUUAAUUGUGAUGAGAGGCUGAAAACUCUAUUUGAGGGGAGAGACAAAGUUGGAUUCCUGGAGAUUGGUAAGCUGCUGUCCCGUCAUUUUGUGAAGACUAGCUGAAGCUGCUUUGGAGUAUCACUUCUUCACGAAUCUCGUCUUUGGAUUAAUACUGUCCAUGGUGCAGCAAUCUCUUUUGACAUUGUCGCUGACUUUUCAGGUGUUGUCUCUAACUGUUGUGGGUAGCUCUGGUUGUGGUCUUUGGACUCGGUUUUGAACUUUGCUGGACGUUGUAAGUUGUUUUAGGAAAUGAAUUGUUAGGUACUUUUGUGCAA